AUUCAGUAGCAACCGAUCUUCGUGAACUUGCUUCUUAACUGGAAGUGAUUGGUAACAAUGUGGUCGAUAAUUUUUAUACAAUUUUUAAUAACGUACGAUACAAUGGUAGAUUGUGAAGAAACUGGAAAGAGAUUGAGUCGCCAAAAGCGGUUUUUAUUAUAUCCUGGAACAUUUGACUUCAUUCAGUUAGUCAUUGGUGCCGGGGUACCAGUCGAAGUAGAUCCAGAAGUUGCACUUUUAGGGUGGUCUUUUCGUGCCCUCUACGAGUUGCCAAGGAAUCUUUCCAAACUAACGCCUACGGACUAUGGAGCCACGUCCCGAAAAAAAAGGCAUCUCACUAGAUGGGACUUCUAUAAAAUGCUGUCCUACGAUUCAUUAGGGCGUGGCCAUGGAGGAAGAGCUUGCGUAUUACGAUCUAUAUGUGAAGCUUCCGAUGUCCCUAUGGACAAAUAUCAUGGUUUAUUCGAGGAACUGUUUCAUUCAAUAUUCACGCCAACCAGUACUAAUGAAGAAAUUGAUCACCAUACUGACAACGAAUAUUAUGCUGCUCAGAAACUGGGAAAGAAAUACAGGGGUAAAUGUAAACAACUUUUCCCAGAAUGCACAACUUCUUGGAUGGAUAUGAUUACGCACUCUUCAUUUAACGAUACCUAAUAAAAGUUGAAUAAG